AUGUGUAUAUUAUAUACUUUAAUACAUUGGAUCAAUAUCAACUUAUUAAGAAUGUCCUUGGAAAUAAAUAAAGAAUCUAUUACUAUGAACGAUUCGGUAGAAAAACCACAACAUAAUUCUCUACAUCAUAGUUACAUAAAUUUUCUAUAUUUCCUAAAGCCAGACGCUCUUGCAUUUACAUAUUAUCUAUCACAUGUUUUCGUUGUAGAUAAUUACCUUGACUCUAGUACUCAUGCUAUAGCUUCUUGGUAUAAGAUUAAAAUAAUAACAAUGGAUACUUCAAUUGCUUUCUCAUUUAUAAUAGUGAUACCAUUAAAAAUUAUCUGA